GGCUUCUAAGAUUCGUGAGGGUGUGUAUGCAGCCAACCAACCCGGGCGACCUCACUAUCAAGCCGCCCUCGACAACGAAGUCAUCAACAAGCAUUUGUUGGACAGAACAGGAAAUGGGAAAGAGAUAAACAUGGUCUCGCCUCUCCUCUCGCGGGCUGCCCUCGGGCGCCCGCCUUCAUCAGUCAAGGCACUCAGACUCUCGCCCACAGCUGCACCUUCGCAAUGGGUUCGCUACGCCAGCUCAGCUACCCAGAUGCCACGCCCUGGCAGACGUGCACUCGGCCUGCUGACCGUCAUGGUCGCAUCGGGAGCCGGCGCCCUUUGGGCAUAUCCGCGCUUCUUCCCCGAGUCGCAGCCGGUGGGCUCACCGCAACCCGGAAAGGCCGAGAUGGUCUUUGAAAAGCCUCGGAAGAAGGCUGCUUCCAAGGAAGAGAUAAGCUCGCAGCAUCUGCAGGUCAAGAACAGCUGGGAGCAUCCCGGCGUAUAUGCCUGGGGUUCCAAUGCCGGGAAAGUCGUUGCCCCCGACUCCAACGAGACUGUCGUCAAGACGCCGCGCCGGAUCCCUUACUUCGACGGUCAGAUCUUGCGAGAUUUGAAGCUGGACCGCAACUUUGGUGUUGCCGUCACCGAAAACGGCGACCUCGUGCAGUGGGGUGCUGCCUUCUCCAAGGAUGCUGCUGGACCCACUGUCACCCUGAAGGGCAAAGACAUCGCAAAGAUUGCCAUCUCACGGGACCGCGUCAUUGCGCUUUCGUCCAACGGAUCUGUCUAUUCCAUCCCUGUCGCCAAAGCAGACCAGGCUGUGGACGAGAAACAACCCACUAAAUCCUCCCGGCUCCCGUUCUGGAGUCCCGAAACGUCUUCCUCUACCAAUUACCGGUCGCUCAAGCCCGAGAAUCUGGGCUGGGGUGAGAAAGUUGUCGAUGUAAAGAGCGGUCUCGAGCACUGCCUGCUGCUGACCUCCAAAGGCCGCGUCUUUUCCGCCGUCUCGAGCUCCGAAGAGUUCCCCUCCAAAGGGCAGCUCGGCAUCCCAGGUCUGACCUGGCACACCCGGCCCACAGGCCCCUAUGACCAGCCCCACGAAGUCAAGGCUCUGGACGGCCGCAACAUCAAAGCCAUCGCCACGGGCGACUUCCACUCGCUGGCUCUCGACAGCCACGGCCACGUAUUCGCCUUCGGGGACAACAGCAGCGGCCAGCUGGGCUUCGAAACCGAAGUCGGCACCAGCACGGUCGACACUCCGUCUCCGCUCCCCAUCCACAAGCUCUACAGCGGAACCGACCUGGCUCCCAAGGUCACCUCCAUCGCGGCCGGCGGCAUGAACAGCUUCUUCACCGUCGACGCCACAAAGACUCACAACCAGAUCCCCGCCGAACUGGGCCGCACCACCGCCGACACCUGGGUCUGCGGCUCGGGCAUUCACGGCACCCUGGGAACCGGCAAAUGGACGCACGUCUCGCCGACCCCGACAAAGAUCAAAGCCCUGUCGAAUCUGUACGAGUACGAUGAAAACACAAACCGCAUCACGCCCAUCCGCCUGGCCCGCCUGGCGGUAGGCAGCACCCACGCCUGUGCCGUGCUGGAUAACAUCACCCAUUUGACUGCCUCAUCCUCAGCUGAGGAAACAACUAUCAAAACAGACACAAACUUUGGCGCCGACAUCCUCUGGUGGGGUGGGAACGAGCAUUACCAGCUGGGAACGGGCAAGCGCAACAAUGUGAAUGCGCCCGUGUACAUUGCUCCCCUGGAUGGGCCCAGCGCGCAGGUGCAGGGCGGCGGGGGUGAUGCUGCUGGGGUGGAGAGGCAUCGGUUACAGAUUACGCCGCGGACGACGGUUAGGUUGGGGGAGGAGGGGAAGUGGAGGAAGGUUAGUGUCGAGCAGAGGGUUGAGUGUGGGCGGUUCGUGUCUGGGAUUUAUUCGGGGGCUUGAUUAAAGGUGUACUAUAUGUUGGAUGAUCGGGAGUUGGUCUGGGGUUAUUGGAGUAAACGUUGGCUUUGGGUGUAACACGACUAUGAUAUUGGGCUGUGUAGGUGGUGUAUAUUUACUGUAUCAACAUCUUACGGGAUGUCGGAUAGGGACGGGACUAUACUACUCGACUCCUUUUCUUGUGUGUGGGUAAGAAAAUCUGGAUCACUCAUCUAGGUUGGUGGUAUCAGCGAGUCCUCGUAUACGAACCUUCCCCUUGUGAGUCAUGAACCUAGCAAGAGGGGUGAAACCAUAAAACAUCAGCCAUUGU